AUGUUCCGAGCCACCAGGAUUAGUAAUUUCAACGAAGGUGUCCUUGAUGAACAACCAUAUUUUGGAGCAAGACACUCAAUGCAAGUUCCUCACAACAGAUGGCAUACAGAUGAUUUUAACUAUGUAGCCUGUUUAGCAGUUGCUCAACCAACCAGAAAAGUCGGAAAUAGAGAAGAAAAAGGCCCUUGUUGCAAGCCCAAUGAUGAAGAGCUCAGGAAAAAUUGGCCAAGAAAGUGGCUUGUUACGCUAUUAAACAGGGGGAUCGUUGGCCUGGCACACGACAUUGAUCAGCUCAAGACUUACAAGCCAUCGACCCUUGCGGGCGAGCCAUCUGGGUUCAGAACUAUUAUCUUUGCAAAUCAAACGGGACUCGAUAAAUCAGUUUCAUGGGAAAAGCUAGAUAGAAUUCAUGAUCAACUCACUGCACAAGUUUUGAACAUGGCGCAUGAAACUGGCGCGUUUUUCGGAUUUACCAUGUAG